CCUUGUGGUUUGAGUCCCUUGAUCGCGUACUCUGUAAAGUGGCCCUGGAUGGCAGAGAGUCAUAGACCUUGGCAGGUAGGACUUCAGUUCACACCACAGUCUGCCUUGCUCACAGACGAGGGGCUGCAGCUCUAAACCUCGUCAGGACAAUGACCCUCAGGCUGCUGUUCUUGGCUCUCAACGUCCUCUCCUCAGUUCAAGUAACAGAAAACAAGAUUUUGGUGAAGCAGUCCCCGCUGCUUGUGGUAGAUAGCAACGAAGUCAGCCUCAGCUGCAGGUAUUCCUACAACCUUCUCGCAAAGGAGUUCCGGGCAUCCCUUUACAAGGGCGUGAACAGUGACGUGGAAGUCUGUGUUGGGAAUGGGAAUUUUUCCUAUCAGCCCCAGUUUCGCCCAAAUGUGGGGUUCAACUGUGAUGGGGAUUUCGACAACGAAACAGUGACGUUCCGUCUCUGGAAUCUGCAUGUUAAUCACACAGAUAUCUACUUCUGCAAAAUUGAGGUCAUGUAUCCUCCGCCUUACUUAGACAAUGAGAAGAGCAACGGAACUAUUAUUCACAUAAAAGAGAAGCAUCUUUGCCAUGCUCAGGCAUCUUCUAAGCUGUUUUGGGCACUGGUCGUGGCUGCUGGAGUCCUGUUUUGUUAUGGCUUGCUAGUGACCGUGGCUCUCUGUAUUACCUGGACAAAUAGUAGGAGGAACAGGCUCCUUCAAAGUGACUACAUGAACAUGACGCCCCGGAGGCUUGGGCCCACGCGCAAGCAUUACCAGCCUUAUGCCCCUGCGAGAGACUUUGCAGCGUACCGCCCCUGACAGGGACCCCUAUCCAGAAGCCCGCCGGCUGGUACCCGUCUACCUGCUCACCAUCACUGCUCUGGAUAGGAAAGGACAGCCUCAUCUUCAGCCGGCCACUUUGGACCUUUACUGGGCCACCAAUGCCAACUAUUUUAGAGUGUCUAGAUCUAACAUCACGAUCGUCUUGAGACUCUGGAAUGAAUGAAAGAAACUUCUAUGGCAGGAUAAAGUCUGUGUGGCUUGACCCAAACUCAAGCUUAAUAUAUUUAUUGACUUGAUUGGGCAAGUUAGAGUAGAGAAAUCAAAAAGUAAGAGAAUUCUUUCAGCCUUGGAAAGCCAAUUUGCAGGCUUCUGGAUGAGCCCCGCCCCUUUUUCACUUAACGGCACAUUUCAGUCAUGUGACGUGUGAUGGCCAAAGAUGUUUAAGACAGAGAAGAAAGAAUAGAAAACUCUUUUCUUUGGCUAAGUUGGUGUUUGGGGUGGGGGUAGGUUAGAGUAUAGUACUUAACUAUUUGAAAAAUAAUUAAAACACUUUUUUUUUUCACUCAUGAAAUGAGCCACUUAGCUCCUAAAUAGUGUUUUCCUGUUAGUUUAGAAAGAUGUUGACAUAUUUUUGAUGAUUUCUGACCAUUUUAAAUCACAUUGACCCACGGAGUGGCCUCAAAGUACCCCCAGGGCUUGUUUCCUCAUUCCCUAUGAUGGGAAUUCAGUAUUAUUAAUAUUCACAACCCGAUUUCAGAACUAAAUAGCCCUCCCACACCAAGAAGAAUGUGAGAAGAAGUAAGGUCACUUUAUGUAAAACACACCCACACACCCACAUAUGUAUACAUACAUGCAAACAUAUACAUACAUACAUACAUACAUAUGCAUACACACACAUACAAUGCUAUGAAGAAUUAUCUGUUUAGUAGCCUGUUAUAGUCAAACCAAUUAAGUUUCAACUUUCCAUAGUUGGGCCACUUGUUGUCCUUUAUGGAUAUCUGAAAUUGUGUCUGUAUAGUGCUAGUCAUGAUACUGUGAACAAAAAGGAUGGUGUUAGUAUUUGUUAGGGAGGCAAGGAUGCGUUCCAGGGAGCUUCCUCUGAGGAAGGGAAUGAGGUCAUUCUUGCUCUGUACAAAAGAGUUGGGCACCAUAGGGAGCCCCGGUAUGAGUUCCUUUAGACUCUAAUGUUUAGAGGGAUUUUAUAUGUUCUAGGACUCAGGACUUCAGAACUUUGUGGGCUCAGCUGCUUCAUACCAUGGGGAUUCGUUGACAUGAACAAUUAUUUUGGAGUGUGUCUUUAGGGACGACAUCAAAGUUCUCAAGAACCUACAAGACACGAUACUGGAAUGAAGGUGGACUUUUUUUUUUUUUACUUCCAGUUUGGGUCAACUGGAAUGUCUCUGGGGACCUUGAAGAAUGACUGUACAGCUGUCUUCACCAUUUGUAUAGUGCUUUGAAUUAUUCAGAGGUUUUAAAGGCAGGAAGACCUGGUUAAAAAAAAAUCUCAUUACUAGUUAAAUGGCCUUGGGCAAGUCACUGUUCAUUCAAGACUAUGAUUCCUCAACUGUAAAAUGGACAUAAUGAAACUUGCUGUGAUCCUCCGGCCUCUGCCUCCCAAGAGUUGGGAUUACACGAGUGCACAAUCAUGACCAGCUGUAACAUAAAUUUAACUCAUGAGAAUCUCUCAGCUUCAAUGAUUUUCCAGCUAAUUGGAAUAGUUUUUCUUAUAAUCAAACACGAGGCAUUUUCCUCUCCCCACCCCCACUGUUUUUGUGUAUAAAGAGGUCCUUAAACUUUAAAUAUAUAUGGGGUAGGAAGAGAUAGGAAUCUUUUAAUUCUAGACAGAAGAUAUUGUGUUCUGGUAGAUUUUUUUUUUUAAAUUGGCUUCUAUUCUGUGCCUUUAAUUAAACCAGAGAAGGCCAAGAUCAGCCCUACUUCUGUGAUAAAAGACUGCUGGCCCUGGCACUUGUGACUGCAGCCAGCAUCUUGACAUGUAAAAUUCUUGAGUCUAAGUUAAAAAAAAAUGUAUUUGAAAAUGACAGAGCUGGAGAAUUUACAGAAAGGGCAAUAACAAAUAACAAACCCCCUUUUAAAUGGAAAGAUUUGGUCUUUGGCAAUCGACGACGUUGUUUUCUAACUGGAAAAGGAGGUUUACUGGAGAUGAAUCACACCUGAGAGUUUUCAUACCUCCUCUGAACACAACUCAAGCAUAGGUGUCAGAAGCCUUUCGCUAUCAGUAUGAACCAACACAUGGUUUAAAAACACUGGUUCAGAGUAAAGCUUUUGCUGUCUUAGAUGUAGUGUGUAUGAAGAAAACUAUGUCACUUGCUGCUAUUAUUGUAAGAGUCUUAGAAUUAAAGGUGUGCCUGUAAGUUUUAAUUGUGAGCUCACCUACUUGGGACUGAGCAUACCAAUUUUAAAGAGACCCGGUAUACCUUAUAGCUACAUCCAAUGAUAAAAUUACCACACUAGUAUGUGCCUGUGUUUAAACUCGUGCUUUAAUGUUUUCCUUAGCACAGGUGUGCACCCUCUUCACAGUGAAUCAGGAGAGAUUUUGCUAUUUGGAAAAGUAUAUGACAUACAUUUUUACACCUUUGGGUCCCUCUCUCUGUGUGUCUCUCUGUGUCUGUCUCUUUCUCCUGUGCAUGUAGCUCCCCCUCCCCCAUUUCUCUGACUCUGUCUCUUCCUCUCUCUCCCUCUCUCUGUGUCUCUGUGUAUCUCUCUGUCUGUCUCUGUCUCUGCAGAUUUUCAAACGUUGUUUUUCUUUGGGAGAAAUACAAGCUGUGGUGGGUUUGCGAGACAUCAGUAGCAGUUUAUCAGUAGGCCAAUGUUUUAUCUCUUGAAGAUUUCAGUCUGGGUUUACCCAGUGUGCUCUCUGUGAUCUGACUGCUGGGGGACAGAUAGAACUUGAUUGAGCCUUCAGUCAUUUAGAUCUUCAAUUAUUUAGUCAACUAAGCGAGCCACUAAUUUGCAUGGCUAUUUUAAUAGGCAUACUGAUGGUCAAAUGGAUGUCUGAUCUCCCAUCCUAGUUUUCUGUACUGCCAUAUGGGAACUAUACGUGACUUGUAUACUCACUUGAAUAUGUUAAAUUCAACUACGUGAGAAAACCAGAAACCACAGUGUUCAUGUGCAUAUAGCCACCAUCAACCCAAGUAAAAUGCUGGAGUGUGGGUCCUUUCAGGACUUGUGAAUGAGUUUAUGCUAUCUACAAAGCCAGUUGAAGCUUAAAUCUCUCUUACACUGUUAUGUUUAUGAAAAUAUCAAAAGCUUGUUCUUGUACCAGCGACUUAACACAUAUCAUUCAUACUAUUUUCUCUGUCUACAAUGUUAUAGAUAUAGAUAUCUGUUUGGUUUGCUCUUACAUCCUUGACAUAUUUGCCCAAAUGGCACCUUCGUUAUCACCUCUACAACCUGUCGCCAUGCUUGGCUUUAUUUUCUCUAUAACUCUAUUACUAGAUGCUUUUCUUAUUUAUUGGUUUAUUGUCUGUUUUUAUCCUAAUCUACACUGGAUCUCCAAAGGGAAAGAGCUCCACGGGCUCUGAUUUUAUUGCUGUAUCUCUAAGGCCUAGAACAAUGCUUAGCACGCAAUAAAUAUUUAUUCACUGAA